ACCAAUCACAACACGCAUACCUAAAUUCGCUUAGCGAGCAAGCACACCUUACCGGAUUGGGGCAGAGCAACCACAAACGUUUGUCUCCAACUCCUCAAGUCAUCAUCCACCCGAUCAACCCCCCUUCCCUUAAACUCCCCAUCCCAUCCAUUUAGGAGAGGCCGGAUACCUACGCCGUCUAGGUUUCUGCCUUGCUCGUCGCCUUCUCCCGCCCUUUUUUCGUACCGAAUUGCUGCGAUAACGGAGAGCCUUCCCCGGAAGGCCCCUCAUAAAACCAGGCGUCAUGACGGACGUCCGGUCCAAGAACCUUUACGAGCUUCUUGGCAAUGAUCCCGAGUUAGACCCCAGCAGACCCCCCGCUCCUCCCACGAAAGCUAUCGACAAGCCCGCACCCCGUGUAGGCAAGCGUGAUGCCCCCAAGGAGGCUCCCAGCCAGCCCCGUGCCGGCCAGAGCUCUCGCCGUGGCAACUUCUCUGGCAAUGAGGCCGCUUUCCGUGACCGCAACGCUGGCCGCAACCAGAACCGCGAGAAGCCCACCGAUGAGAGGGAAGGUGGCGCCCGCCGUGGCGGACGUCCCCGUAACGACCGCCAGUCCCGCACCGGCCAGACCGACACUGGAAAGAAGGUGAACCAGGGCUGGGGUGGCCAGAGCGGCGAGAAGGAAUUGGACGAUGAGCGCGCCGGUGAGAAGAUCGCCCAGGCCGACGAGAACGAGCCCCAGACUCCCGCCGAGGAGGCCGAGGCUGCUGACAAGGCCAAGUCGUAUAACGACUACCUUGCUGAGAAGGCCGCCGCCGGUGAUUUCAGCGCCAAGCCCGUCCGUGCCGCCAACGAGGGUUCCAAGGCUGAUGCCAAGUGGGCCAACGCCAAGGAAUUCAAGCGUGAAGAGGAGGACGACUAUAUCAAGGGUUCUUCUGACAAGGCCAAGCGUGAGAAGGCUCGCAAGGAGAAGAACAUCCUUGAGGUCGACAUGCGCUUUGUCGAGGCCCCCCGUGGCAGCAGCGGUCCCCGUGGCCGUGGCGGCCGUGGCGGACGUGGUGCCCGUGGUGGCCGUGGCAACGGUCCCCGCAGCGAGCGCACUGAGCGCAGCGCUCCUGUCACCGUGGACGAGAAGAACUUCCCCAGCCUUGGCGGCAAAUAGAUACGGUCAGUCUCAUAGCGGGGGGGUAUUCUACCGGCACACAUCGACGCCGGUCCAUUGAAAGGUCGAAAACGAAAAGAAUCUUGAAGAAACCCUUACGAUGCCUCUUCCCAGAAAGUGACGUGAUAUGGAUUGCGGGAAAUGACACGAGACGAAAUCCUUCGGUCCUCGCAUUUAGGUUUAAAAUGGCCCUGAUGUAAUUUGAUUUGAAUGUCAAAAAAUAGGAAAGUGAGAAUUCAAAACACAAAAA